AUGGUCGAACUCCAAUCUGUUGACCUCGUCACCGAAGAAUUGGCGAUUGCGCUGGCGGUUAUCAAACGCAGAAAUCCAGUACUCUGGAAAAAUUGGGUGUUGAAAGUCGGCAAUGGUUCAGCCGCCAUUCUACCAUCAUCGCAAUUCCCAUCACAAAUGGUUUCCAACAACUAUAUAGCGGCUAAACCUGCAGUAGCGGAGAAAGUGUCCUUGGCACUUGCAGAUCGUUUUAUGUAUCGAUACGUCAUGGGUAACAGCACCUCAAGACAUCUGGAGCCUGCUUGUGGUUUUUUGAACGGUCGCAGACUUACGUUCAAUGAUCUGGCUGAUUAUUCGGACGUGGUGCGGUCUUUGGCCAUUGACGUUGAAGACUUCGAGAUCUCCAAGCAGUUGCUGCCCAACUAUAAACUUUUGAAAUGGCUGUUUGCGGUUAAUCUGGAUGAUAAUAGGCGUAAGAAAAUCGCAAUUCAUAUAGUGCGAUCAUUCCAGCUUGUUCUGACGUCGUACUACUCAUUCAUGGCUGUUCCAAAGAAAGCUGUAUCAGAUGUAUGUCAGUUGCUGCUUCUUGGUUUCAUCAAGAAUGAGGUACUUUUGUUUGGAGCGUCAAAGACUCGAAUUUUCAAAUUGCUGCGAGAAUACACCAGUUCGCGUUCCAUCGAGCAGAGUGAUGUUUCCUUGCAGUCUUUGUGCAAUGGCCACUCCAAAAUACUGGCUUUGAUCAUUGGUUUCACAAUUCAGGAGGGGCACCUUCAGGCUGUGAGUGAUAUGAUAAGGUUCGCUUUGCAGCUACUGGAAAGUCUUGUAGUCUGUUUGAUUAAGCUGACACUGCCCCACCACAAUGAAACCAGAAAUGAGAAAGCUUUCCAUGAAAUCUAUAGAGGCCGUUCGGUCAAAAUGAGCUACAAAUACGUGGCAGACUUUUUAGAUGCUGCACGUCUUUUGGAAAUGGCAGAAGGUGCACGAAGGUUGAAGAUCUGUGUAGAGUUCCUCCUGGGUUUGCUUGAUUCCCUGCAGUGGGGAAAUACCGCUAGUUCUGAUCCUAGAGUGGUUGCAGCAUUCCAGCAAUACCGCUCGAACCUGCUCAGUGAGUUUUUGGUUCUGGAUGACCUUGACCUUAUCACCAGUUUUCUGCAACUCCCGUGGCCAAGCGAACUAUCUGCGUGA